UUUAAAAAAAAAAAAAAUGAUGUAGAGAAAAUCUCAAACAGAGUUAUAGAAAACAGCAUGCUUCUCACCAGCAGUUUUGUUUACUGUCAGCUCUUUUAACUACCCCCUGAACAUAUCAUCUCAAGGUAAAUUCCAGACAUCAUUCUUUCAGGAAUCGAGACCAGCCCCCAUCCCCGAAGUUGUCUCAUCUGACAGCUAUGACUUCCCUGAACCUUUAUAAUAUCUGAUUAAACCUAAAUGGUACUUGAACACAGGACAGGAAACAGAUUUUCACAUGAAAGUUACUUAAGUUUGGAAAUUACUGGAUACAUUUAGUUGGUUAAAAAACAAACAGGCAAAUCAGCCUAGUUCAUGUUUCAUUUGAUGUCUGGCUGUGCCCUCUCUGUCAGCUGUUCCCUGUAAUGAGUUCAUCAGCAAACCCUCAUGUUUCUGUUUAUUAUUAUUUAAAGACAUUUAGAGAUACAGCUGCUGUUAUUGUUUAUAGGGUCAAAAAACGCAGUACCAACUGUAGGUGUGUAUUUUUGUUGAGAGGAUACACUUUAAAUCAUGAAGCUGUUUUGGAGAUCAUUUGGCCUGGCCUGCUGUGAAGUCAUGUGGAUGCUUUAUGUGAUGUCACAGUCUAAGUAAAUGACAGCCCAGGAUAUAUCAGGUGCCAAAAGGCAGAGAUGAUAACACCGGCAUGAUGUUUCCUCCCUUUGCUCUCUGUCUGAAGAAGACAAAUUCCAUCUGUUUUCCAAAGUCUUAUGAAAGGAUCUGAACCAAUGAUGCUGGGUUCACCGACAUCACCAAAGACAGGAGUUAAUGCCCAGUUCUUACCUGGAUUUUUAAUGGGGGAUUUACCAGCUCCAGUAACUCCACAACCUCGAUCAAUUAGUGGCCCUUCAGUAGGAGUAAUGGAAAUGAGAUCACCUUUGCUUGCAGGGGGAUCACCACCACAGCCAGUUGUACCUGCUCAUAAAGAUAAAAGUGGAGCUCCACCUGUUAGAAGUAUAUAUGAUGAUAUUUCCAGUCCAGGACUUGGAUCAACACCUUUGACUUCAAGAAGACAGACAAACAUUUCAGUGAUGCGGAGUCCUCUUGUUGGAGUUACAACUCCUGUGACUGGACAAAGCAUGUUUAGUCCAGCAAAUAUUGGCCAACCACGAAAGACAACACUCUCUCCUGCCCAAUUGGAUCCUUUUUAUACUCAAGGAGAUUCUCUGACUUCAGAAGAUCACCUCGAUGACACUUGGGUGACUGUGUUUGGGUUUCCACAAGCAUCUGCUUCUUAUAUAUUAUUACAGUUUGCACAAUAUGGGAAUAUCUUAAAGCAUGUGAUGUCCAACACAGGCAACUGGAUGCAUAUUCGUUACCAGUCUAAAUUACAAGCCCGGAAGGCCUUAAGCAAAGAUGGGAGAAUAUUUGGAGAAUCCAUCAUGAUUGGUGUCAAGCCAUGUAUAGAUAAAAGUGUCAUGGAAAACAGUGACAGAGGAGCCUUGUCAUCUCCAUCUCUAGCCUUUACACCACCAAUCAAGACCUUAGGCACUCCAACACAGCCCGGAAGCACUCCCAGGGUUUCUACCAUGAGGCCUCUUGCUACAGCAUACAAGGCCUCCACCAGUGACUACCAGGUUAUUUCUGACAGACAAACACCAAAAAAAGAUGAAAGUCUUGUGUCCAGAGCGAUGGAGUACAUGUUCGGCUGGUAGUCCAGUAGUACGAGCUGGACUGGGCCCCUUAGCGGAGGACUGCCGCUUCCUUGGGUUAGUUCUAUAACCGUCUACGGCAGGGUUGGAGAGCUGUCUCAGCUAAGUCUGUCUUUUACAGCCUUUGUUUCGGAAACAGCCCGUUUGUGGCUUGCACUUUAAAAGAUGGCUGAAACACACCUGAGGAAAAGAUUGUCCGAUAGCAUCUUGUGCUUUCUGUGAUAUAGUGCAUGCUUGGCGCCUGGACAGCAUUGACUGCAGGAAAGGAAAUGAUGGAGUUUGAAGUGAGUCUCGUUAGCUUUCCUGAGGAGAUGGAUGAAUUUCAUGGAGAGCAACCACUACUUCACCAUACAUCGUGAUUACAAUUAGCGAUUUGAAUUAUGGUCUUUAAUUUUAGAUGGUAUUUAAUAUCUUGAUUUUUUUUGUAUGUGUCUUGUGGAUUGUCAUCUUCUAUGUUCUUUUUAAAAACCACCGACUACUAAGGUUUCUUAAUAAACUUUGUCAGUUUUUAUGUGCUGAA